AUGACGGCAUACCCUUUUCCGAUCAUUGAUGUCUCUCCGCUCUAUCAGAACACCGGAGCGGUGAUGGAGGUCGCCAAGAAGAUUGACGAGGCCUGUCGCACCUGGGGAUUUUUUUACGUUGUUGGGCACCCUAUUCCACGGGAGCGGUUUCAGGAACUGUCACGGAUGGCGAGGAAAUUCUUCUCGCUUCCACUCGAAGAAAAGUUGCAGAUUGACAUCAAAAAAAGCCGACAUCAUCGCGGUUAUGGUGAGGUGAAUGCAGAGCAGUUGGACCCCUCAGCGCCCAGUGAUCACAAGGAAACGUUUGACAUGGGCUGCCACCUGCCGGAGGAUCACCCGGACGUUGUUGCGGGUAAGCCUCUGCGGGGGCCGAACCGCCACCCCACUCAGCUGGAGGGUUGGAGGGAAUUGAUGGAGACUCACUACCGUGAAAUGCAACAAUUUGCCCUUGUUCUCCUGCGUGCCCUUGCUGUGGCUAUUGGUAUCGAGGAGGACUUCUUUGUUCCUCGCUUUGUUGAACCAUUGAGCGUGUUUCGUAUGAUUCAUUACCCCGCCCUUCCAAAGACGAAGGAAGGACGGCUGGUGUGUGGUGAGCAUACCGACUAUGGUAUCAUCACGUUGCUCUUCCAGGAUACGAAUGGAGGUUUACAAGUGCGUGAUUUGUCGGGUGAAUGGAUUGAUGCCCCGCCGUUGGAGGGAAGCUUUGUCGUAAACAUUGGGGACAUGAUGAACAUGUGGAGCAACAACCGCUACCGCUCCACCCCGCAUCGUGUUGUCAAUCCCGGCGUCGAUCGUAUCUCCAUGCCGUUUUUCUGUGAGCCCAAUCCCAAUGUUGUGAUUAAAUGCCUUGAAAACUGCCACUCCGCAGAGAAUCCCGCAAAAUACCCACCAGUUAAGGCCUCCGAUUGGCUCCAGAAGCGCUUUGCGCAGACGUAUGCGUACCGAAAGUCGAUGCUGUGA